UGCGCUCUGGCAACGGGUUAGCCGGUGUGGAUGGUAUGAAGAGCGUGUUCGGCCAGAUGGUCCAGAAGUUGCCGCUGCUAACACAGGAAGCCCUCUCGAUGCCGCACCGUGUGUGGAAGGUGAAAUUUGUCGGUGAAAGUGUGGACGAUUGCGGUGGCGGCUUCAGCGAAUCGAUUGCGGAGAUGUGUGACGAGCUACAGAACGGCAGUGUGCCACUGCUGAUCCAGACACCGAAUGGCCGGGGUGAAGCGGGUGCCAAUAGGGAUUGUUUCCUGCUCGAUCCUACCCUCACGUCGGUGCUGCACAUGAACAUGUUCCGGUUUCUCGGUGUCCUGAUGGGUAUCGCCGUCCGAACUGGUUCUCCGUUGAGCUUAAAUCUCGCUGAACCCGUGUGGCGUCAGCUGGCAGGAGAAACGCUACGUCCGUCCGAUCUGACUGAGGUAGACCGUGACUACAUUACCGGUUUGCUGUACAUUCGUGAUGUGGAAAGCGAUCCAAAAGUGUUUGCUUCAAUCGAACUGCCCUUUUCUACGCCCUCUGCCAAAGGCCACGAAGUUCCACUGUCCACUAAAUACACCAAAAUUACGCCGGAAAAUCGAAGCGAGUACGUGAAGCUGGCCCUCAACUAUCGGAUUCACGAGUUCGACGAGCAGGUGAAAGCAGUACGGGAUGGCAUGUCGAAAGUGAUACCCGUGCCACUGCUAUCCCUGUUCUCCGCAGCCGAACUGCAGGCGAUGGUAUGCGGAUCGCCCGACAUUCCACUGUGCCUACUGAAGACGGUCGCGACCUAUAAAGGGGUCGAAUCGACGGCACCGCUGGUCCAGUGGUUUUGGGAGGUGAUGGAAGAGUUUACCAAUCAGGAGCGAUCACUGUUCCUGCGCUUCGUCUGGGGACGUACCCGGCUCCCGAGAACGAUCGCCGAUUUUCGUGGGCGCGAUUUUGUGCUGCAAGUGCUGGACAAGUACAAUCCACCGGAUCACUUCCUGCCCGAAAGCUACACGUGCUUCUUCCUGUUGAAAAUGCCCCGCUACUCCUGCAAGGCCGUUUUGCAAGAGAAGCUCAAGUAUGCAAUCUAUUUUUGCAAAAGUAUCGACACGGAUGAGUAUGCCCGGGUGGCAAUGGGAGAUCCAACCGAAGCCACCGGCAGCGAGGAUAACAGUGAUAUCGAGUCCGUGCUGUUCUAAACACCGUGCCUCCUUCUUACAUGCAUACAAUUAGUAUCCGUUUUUGCAUCUUUAUUGACUGAUCGCGUUGACUGAUUGCGAAGAGCAAGGGCUGCUCGGGGAGCCGCGGCCGGGUACACCGUCCAUGUGGAUGUUCCCCCCCCCCCCACCCCCCCCCCCCAAAAUUCCAUCUCAAGUUUCACUGUAAAUUUCAACCAACGCGUCAAUACAUCGGCCCAACAUUCCUUACUUCCCAUUCUGUUUUCUGUCAGAAGUGGCCCGGAACGCACGGAAGUUAGUUAGAACGCAGAGGAAGUAGUUUCCGGUUGGCAGAUCAUGCCAUGGUGCGCUGACGAAUUCAUUCAUGAUACUGCAAUUUAAAAUCGUAGCAAACGCUGUAGUAAGCUAACCGAUACUAAAAUGAUCCUUGGAAAUCAUAGUAGCUUAGCAACGCCACGGAAGCGUUAUGCAGAUAUUAGUGUUCCUAACCGGCAUAGUAUUCUAAACUGUUCUUCUUUCGCUUGGUUGAAAACUGAUUAAUGGAUACUCAAUACCACGCAGUUACUGGAGUCUGGUUUUCGUAGAACCGUCCGCUUUAUUUUGCUUGGCAAUAGAUAAGCACACGUAGCUAGCAACAUACAGCAACCAAAAGCUAUUACUGCACGCUACUACUCGACGUAAACUGGAAACCACAAACACAAACCCCAUAGAGCCAAGCACAGCGUAACAAUAUCCUAGCAAGAGACCGUUAGAGAAAGGGAAAGCCUGUGUGUUGUUGGCUGGAAACGAAAUAAUCAAAGCAAAACAUUGGUUACAUACACACUAGCAGAUAGCAAGACUUUGCAGUCAAUAGCACGAGGAAUGUAGUGACAACAUUUGGUAGGUACUCCGCUCGAUUUAGUCAAUAGAUUAGCAGUUACUAGUUGCGAAAAACCAGCCGAUAAAGACAGACAGAUGUGUAAACAUAAUUUAUUUCAAUUAUUUUAUAGUAAUUUAUUUUUCGCUAUUCUUUUUGGUUGAAUCAGUAUCACGGCGUCCAUACUAGAAUGUGCACGAAUAGAUUAUGGUUAUCACAGCUACUAGAGCUGAUAGAAAUAGCUGCUGUUGCUUAGAAACACUAACAGCUAGUGUAUUGUAGAAGGGCAGUAGAGCGCAUACAGUGAAAGAGCCACUACACUAUUGGGGACAAGCAAUGAGUACCAGCUAGAAUGUGAGGGGCGCGGAUAUCGUGUGCGCCGGGUGGAUUGUGGAUCCUUUGACUGUGUUCUAUACGCCAGUAAGCUAACUUUAUCCAUCCAUUGUGUGUAUCGUAUGUGAGUACGUGUGUGAGUGUGUCUAGAAUUUGGUUCACCAAUCAUCAAUCAGAUCAUCCUGUAUCAGAAAUAUCUGCCGUCAGAGGAGCACUUUAAGCGCAGUAUUACAUCCGCAUCGGAACGCAUCUAUUGGAUGCAAUUCGACGAACGGAGAGGCGCACCGUAGCAUACUUUCUCUGUGCAGCACACUGUGAUUGAACAUUAUUCUUUGUACUCGAUCUUGUUUCUUAUGUUUGUUUUAUCUAAGUUUUACCUCCAAAGUCCAUCCCGUGCUACCAAAUGUAAAGCGCAUUAAACAGCAGCAAAGAGCAAAUGCAAUUGAAAUGCAAACCAAUCAUAUGCCGAUUAAGUCUAUACAAAUAUCUUACAGGAGAAACGAAAAAAAAAUCUCAAAUAAAUACAAUCACUUUAGA